AGAUUUGAAGGAGGGGAGUAUUAAGGACGCGACACUGUUACCAUGGAGACAGUCGCUACAUCCGGACCAUAGACUGUAAACAAAAGAUGGACGUAGCUUCCAUCGGACGCUGAGUGACAAAGGAAACAAACAUGGACUCUGAGUACAUCCGGAAACAUCUUGGAAAGUGUCUGGCAGACGGACUGGCUGAGGUGGCCGAGCUGCGCCCCGUCAACCCCGUCCUGUGCCUGGCUCACUGGCUCCUCAAACACAACACAAAUGUCCAGGAGGACAGAGGGAAAAAGGCCCAUUCAGCUCUGCUGGAGAAGGAGCAGGCAAAAGCCAAGGAAGAGGAGCCGCUGAGGGAGAAACAGAGGGAGGAGGAGCUGAAGACCAGCAAGGCCUUGGAGGAGGCGAAAAAAAUCUCUGAAAAGGAGGCUGCAGGCGCCGACUCACCGAAGCCGGCCGCACCAGGAGCCGCUGAGGACGACAAACCAAACACGCCUCCUCCUGAGAACAAGCUGGAGGAAGAUGAACAGGAAACUGAAGCUCAGGAAAAUGACCCAUUACAGGAGGUCACAGAUACUGUAACUGAGAGACAACCUGAGGAGGAGGCGAGCUCGGCCCUGACUGAGACCCUCACUGAGACCCUCACUGAGGCCCUCACUGAGACCCUCAGCAAUGACCUCGGAGGGGAGGCCACAGAAAUACCAGUCGACAGAAGCGAAGUGGAGUCGAGGAGCGAUCAAGCAGAAGAGGAGCCACGUGAUAAUGAGAAAGAGGAGAAAACUGAGGAGACGAGCACCAAUCAGGCAGAGGAGGAACACAAAGAGGAGGUGGCCGAUGAACCCGAGCAGACUGAACCGCUCUCGACACUUGAAAUCCAAGACGCCAAUGAUUUAGAAACAGACCAAACUGAGGAGCAACACGACAAACAAGACCCUCGUUCCCCCGAGCAACCAGAGAAGAAGUUUGCUGAAGACGAAACCGACAAACCUGCAGAUUCCAUCCCGGUGGAGUCGGCCUCACCCCGGAAGGAUGACGAUCUCCAACCGGAGGAGAUCCUUUCUACCGAAGAACAGGAGACACGUUACUCGAGUUCUCCUGCUCCUCAGGAUCAGGAUCAGGCCGACGGGCGACGCACAGGUGAGACCCCCGAUCGCUCUGCAGAGGAAACAGUGACUUCACAAGAGGAUCACGAGAUAAAUCCAACCGAUGCUGAGGAGAAGGAAGAGGAAAAUGACACAGAUCGUACUUGACCGAGUCAGAGUUUAAUGAUCCUUCAUCCACUGAUCCAUAUUUUUAGAUUUUAAUAAAUACACAAAUGAAACAUGUAAACUUUAGGAUGUGUACUGUUACCUUUCAAUAUUAAAUAUAUACUUUUUCUCAAA